AUGUUAACGCCGCCAAUGCAACCUUCAGAUUUUUUUUCUGAAACUUCUUUGGAUGAUAUUGCAAGCAAUGAAUUUUGGAAUGUUUUACAUAAUGAAACUAAUAAUCAUUGUCUUGGAAAUUCAUCUAUAAUAAAUGAUAGUGGACUUUCAGAUGGAUUAAAUGGUAAUGAAAAUGAGAGUGACUUUGGUGAAGUAGGUUUAGGAAUCUCUGUAGAGAAUAAUAA